AUAUUAGCACAAGAUUCAUGUUAAUGUUUACUCAUGUAAAUAGUACAAAAUACUGCCUAAUUAGUGUGUCUGACAAAUUUUUGGUACUUUUUCUCGUUACUGUAAACCAUGCAUAAAAUGCUUGUCUAUUGAGAAGUGCAGAAUUGUCAGAGCUUAAACAGCUGACAUCUGCUUACUCUCCUAAUAAAAAAAAUCCAUUUCCGCCUAAUCUGCCUAAAUGUGUUCAUGUAAAUGGAGGUCCAUCUAUUGACCUGUAUUCUUUUCAGCUCAGGAUUGGUCCACAUGGUUUAUGAAACCAGGAGGGCUGAUCUGAAAUGCAGAUGUCGAGACACUGAAGUACAUCCUCCCCUUUUUUCUUUGCUGUAUCUGUCAGGGUGAAAAAUGGCUCGCACAAGGGUCAGUCCCCCAUACUCACUCAAUUAUUUUCUUGGACCCACAGAACUGUCACAAGCUGUGGUGGAUGCGGGAGCAGUUCCUCUUUUAGUAUUCUGUAUCCAGGAGCCAGAAAUUGCUUUGAAAAGGAUUGCUGCUUCGGACCUCAGCGAUAUUUCAAAGCAUUCUCCAGAGUUAGCACAGACGGUAGUGGAUGCAGGAGCUAUUGCUCACUUAGCCCAGAUGGUUCUGAACCCUGAUGCCCACUUGAAGCGUCAGAUCCUUUCAGCUCUCAGUCAGAUCGCAAAACAUUCUGUGGAUCUGGCAGAAAUGGUGGUUGAAGCAGAGAUUUUUCCAGUGGUACUUACCUGCCUGAAGGACAAAGAUGAAUACGUGAAGAAAAAUGCUUCUACUUUAAUUAGAGAGAUUGCAAAGCAUACACCUGAGAAAAAAAAAAAAGCUUUUUAACUUUCCCAGUUGAUAGUUAACGCAGGAGGAGUUGCCGCCGUGAUUGACUGCAUUGGGUCCUGCAAAGGAAACAUAAGGCUGCCUGGCAUCAUGAUGCUGGGCUAUGUGGCGGCUCAUUCUGAGAACCUGGCAAUGGCGGUGAUCGUUAGCAAGGGUGCACCCCAGAUGUCAGUCUGCUUGUCAGAAGAACCAGAAGACCAUAUUAAGGCUGCUACUGCCUGGGCCUUGGCACAGAUUGGGAGACACACUCCGGAGCAUGCCCGGGCUGUCGCGGUCACAAACAUUCUGCCAGUGCUGCUUGCUUUGUACAUGUCACCAGAAAGCUCUGAGGAUCUUCAAGUAAAAGUAAGUGCUUGAUUCUUACUGUUUUGUGAAGAUUUGUUGGAUUUUGACUCGAUAGGUAAUUUAAAAUGUCUUAAUUUUCAUUAUGGACAAUAUUGCUUUUAUGAGUCAAAAAAUACAAAUUUAUCAGAACUGAGGAGUCUUCUUUGAAAAUGGGUUACUCUUGUCUCUAAAAAUCAGUGAUAUGUUUUAAAGAAAGAUCUCUGCAGGUGCAAAGUUGUUUAUAAAGUGAAUGUCUGGCAGUUGCCUUCUGCAUUCCUGCUAACUUUUCUUAUAGAAUAGGAAUUGAGGAAUUUUGAAGUUGGAAUUGGCUGCAGAGAACUUUAGUCCAUCUUACAUCAAA